AUGGAACAGUUUCUCCUCGAAAACACCGAGCGGUACAAACGGCUGGUUGCUGCUUUCAAGCCCAGCGCGCUGGACAAAAAGGGCAUCAACUCAGCCGCGGCGAGCCCCGAGAUUGUGGUUUGCACACGGGUACGGCCCAUGCUCGAGGAUGAAGUCGCUGAGGGGUUUCCUUGCGGCGUUUAUCCCCGUGGUGCAACCAAUACUGUCGACUUGCAUGAACUGAAGAGACCUGUUAGGGGGCUCCCAACUCUCAGCUCUUCGCACUACACCGUAGACCGAGUAUUUGGUCCUGAGGAUUCGACCGCCGACGUCUACGAGUCAGUAGUGAAGCCCAUCGUCCCCUGGGCUUGGGGAGGAGGUAUCGCUACCGUCUUUUGCUACGGCCAGACAGCCAGCGGCAAGUCCUACACAACCGCGGGCUUGGAAAAGUGCGUCGCCGAGUCUCUGAUGGGUGGCUCGCUGGACGGCGAGAGGAAGAUCUACAUCUCGGUCGUUGAGUUGGCUGGACGAACGGCCUACGAUCUUCUCAACGAAAGAAAGGAGAUCUCCAUUCUUGAAGACUCAUUCGGCACCACGCAGUUGGCCGGCGCGCUUGAACAUCGGGUGGCCAACAAGGAGUCGCUCCUUGGGCACAUCGAAGCCGCCGCAGGCCUCCGCCGAACGGCGCCGACCCUCAAAAAUGAUAACUCGUCUCGCUCGCAUGCCAUCUGCCGCCUCCGCUUCGAAAAUCCCGCCAUGAAGUCUGCCGAAGAAGGUCUCCUGUACCUGAUCGACCUCGCUGGGUCCGAAGCCGCUCGUGACAAGACGACCCACGACGCCACUCGCAUGAAGGAAGCCAAGGAAAUCAACACAAGCCUGUCGGUUCUGAAAGACUGCAUCAGGGGCCGAGCCCUCGCCGAUGCCGAGUUCUACGCUGGCAGGAUCAGCAAGGCGCCGGCCUACAUCCCCUUCCGGCAAAGCAUCCUCACUAAGACACUCAAACACGUCUUCGACCCAACCAGUACCCGCUCCUGCAAGACGGUCGUCGUGGCCUGCGUCAACCCCUGUCUGGCCGACAUAGGCGCCAGCAAAAACACCCUGCGCUACGCAGAGAUGCUGCGCGUCGUUGGCCCCAAACCAAAAAUGGCCGAGUACGACCCCUGGGUCCCUGCGACAUGGAACAACGAACAACUCCAGAGCUGGAUCGAGAGUAACUCCGGCCAGCCGCCCAUCGACCCGCUCCUCCUCGCGCCAAGCGAGUCAGGCUUGCAACUCCUGCGCCUGCCCAUUCCCGAGUUCCUCACUCGUUGCCUCAAGACCGAAGGCGCCACCCCAGAGCAAGCCCAAGCGUUCCAGACCAAGUUCUGGGCGAUGCACGUCGACUCUCAGCGCCGAAGCCGCUACAUCAACGCCAACAAAGCAGCAGGCGACGGCAAGGCGGCAGCGGCAGGUGACAAUGUCGUGUCUCGGCUGGCAUCGCUCGACUCGAGCGCCGAUCCGGAGCCGGAUGCCGGGAGCGUUCCGUUCAAAGAGCGGAUCAGGCCCGGCAUGGUGGUCCGUUGGCAGACGCGGCCUGAAUAUGGCUCUUUUGCGGUGGGUGGGAAGGCGUAUGCCAUGGUGAUGUGUCCGGUGCAUGCGGUCGGGGAGAGGGUGAGGGAUGUUAAGGGCGUGCAGGUCAACCCUCAGAGUGAAGACGCGGCGGAGAGGAAGGGGGAGACGUACUUGUGUGCGCUUGUCACGCCUUCGUUGCUACCUGGCUCGUAUGGGAUUAGUCUGUGGAGGCAGGUCGUGGUGAAAGUAGAGGAUAUGGUGGCCGAGGUUUUAAUGGAGUGGGAUGAGGCAACGCGGUAUUAUUACAUGACCGUCUAG